UAAAACUAAUGUAGGGUGGAUCUUUUGCCAAGAACACAGUAAACUGAAAGUUUCUAUUCAACUUUAUUAUACUUCGGUAUAAGAGAAAAAAGAAAAAAAGACUGAUAGAUUGUGAAACAGAAGUUAGUGAUGAAGAAAAUACGCUUAUCUGACACUGACCUUGAACUCUUUGAACUGGAGAUCUCUCCAGGGGAUUAUACAUUCUUCACCAGACACAAAGAGGCUUUCAGGUGUAUGUGGAAAGAACAGGGGUUGUCCUUCUGGAAAAAGUUUAUCAUAACAUUUAGAAGCUUCACCAAUCGACACGGAGCUAUAAGAGAAAUAUCCAAUAAUUCUGCAAAGUUUGAAGACUUCAUCGACCAAGCAUUUAUUUUUGUUCAUGAAAACUUUGUGGAGGGAAGGGAGGGGAAAGCGAAGAGCUUCAUUGAUGAUGUAGCAAAAUUAGCCCAGAAUCGAGACAGGUUUAAAGAUCUGGACUCCAAAUCUUUUGCCAAGGACCCAUUUUACAUGAGAGACACAAGGGACCUAUUUAGACGAUUCUUUGGUCCACCAGAUCAGAAGGCAUCAUAUUUAAAGGUGUAUGUAGUUAGCCCAAUAUAUUUACGAUUUGGAGGAUCAGUAUGUCGGUGUCUGAGACGUUGGCUAGAUGCUCCCUCCAUGGAAGAGGGGGAUGAAUCAUAUUGGAUACCUCCUGAAAACCUAACUUAUGGUAAAGAAAAGCCUCGGAGCACUGUGGUUAUGUGCAAACCUUGUCUGGAUGACUGUAGUACAAAAUAUUUCCGAGAAAAAUUAACUGGCAAAAGAAAUGGGCCAAUCUUUAUAGACUAUUGGACACUAGGAGACCCACGUUUUAAUGACGAAAAUAAUCCUUUGUAUGCCCCAUUGUCCAAUGAGUUUUCAGAUUGGAGAGAUUCUCUUUCUGUGGAGAAGUUCCGUGACUUUUUGCAUUAUGCCAAAUUCAAAUAUGGCACGGAAUCCAACAAAUGCCAGGAAUGCUUGGACUUGAGCAGGAAGAGAGAGGACCCAAUGGACAGUAUUUCUGUGGCAGACUGCAGGUCCGAGGGUCAGAAAAAGAAAAAACGCAAAAAGAAGAGCAAGGUUAAACCUACAACUGACAACAUGGAUAAUGAUAUUGAUGACCUUGUAGCACACAUAGAGGGAGGAAAACAACUAGACCAAAUGCCAGUUUCCACAUUUGCUGGGGCUAAAGUUCCAGACACUGUUAUACCCAUUAAAAAAGAUGAUGAUAAGUUUCAAAACAAACUUGUAAGUAAUAAAAAGAAAAAAAUCUAUGCUGAAAGAACCAAGAUUAUGGAGGGGUUUAAGUCUGACAUACUGCAAGCUAAUGAUGACCUACCAAGGAACAGUCGCUUAGAAAAUUUUAACGUGGUGCGUACUCAAGAUGAUGUAACAGGAUCGAGCGAGCUGACAAUAUCCAUCAAAGCUAUCAAGGGUGAAGAGGGCAGAUCACCCCGGCCAAAGAUGACAAGAUACCAGAAUUCCUAUCCGUUGACAGGGCAGAUGAUCCGUAGUCAUCUGGAAAAUCUCCCCGAGAGGUUGGAGUGGUAUGAAGGGGAUUGCUGGUGUGCCUGUGUAUUGAACUACUCGAUAGAGGAAAAAGAGAACCCUACAGACUUCACUAUCAAAGUUUCGGGACCAGAUGAGGACACAACCAAGAGAACCAUGUUUAAAUUAUUGUUUUAUGUGGGGCGGAGGAAGAGCAGACCCUGCCCAGGCUGGGUGAUGGAGGAUGAUGAUGUGGUGGCCUGUAUCCUCCCUGAUGACUGUCCUGACCAGGAGGGACUGACCAUUAGUAUCAUCAAAGGAUUUCACUUCAUGGACCGACUCAGCAAUGAUGAAAAAAUGACUAUGAUUAAGACUGAAGAGGCAGAAAAGCCAGCAGAAAAAGUUUUAAUGACAGUAAGAGGAAAAAAUCUGGAAAAACUUAUUCAGGAUGAACUAGGAAAAAAUGUAUUGAAGUGUAUAUUGGAUGCUUAUGGCAAUAAUGCUAUUAAUGGAAACACUGGUGGAACCAUUAAUUUGAAUGCACCAGUUUUAGAUAAGUAUGGGAAAGAACAGGAACAACCAGUAUGGAAUCAAAUACAAAAGGAUCCAGAGAAAUUUGAACUCUUCUUCAUGGUUUCUAAGAGAACUGAAAUCGAGCUCCUAAAGAGAGGAUUUACAACCCUCGACUACUCCUAUUUUGAGAAAGACCCUGUGAAUAAAUACAUGCCAUGGGAAAGGGUGUUCUGUCUUAGAUGUAAAAAGAACAGGAGAAUUUGUCCAUGUGGACCUUUCAGAAAAUUUAUUGAAUUAGAGCCCACAAAAAUGGAACCAGUAAGUGUAACAAAAAGGGAUGAUCUGGAUUUGAAGCUUGGAACUAACAUGAAGAAACCCAUUCUUCAAGAUCUACUAAAUAAAGAGUUUGAAAACCAUGCUUCUCUUAAAGAGAAGGAAAGACAAAGAUUUCAGCAAUUAAAGGCUAAUUUACAAAGUGUGCCAGAGGAUGAUGAGAAGGCUAAAGAGGAAAUGAGAGAUUUUAUUGUGACUGUCCUCAAGAGGAGGAAAACAGAUGGGGAACUUAGCCCUCAGAAGGAGGAUAAAGAGAGGCCCAAGAGGGUGCUUUUAUUUGGAAGUGGAUUAAGCACAGAUGGGGUUACUAGGGUAAGUCAAGUAAAACGAAUGGAUGAGGAUGUGAAGAAAUAUGAAACACAGAAAAUUAACAAUGCAAACAAUAAGAAGGAUAGAGCAUGUAGAACUGAUGGUAAUGAGAAAAGUAGAAUUAGAGAAGGCAGGAAUACAGGAGCUGUAAGUAAACUAGAGCCGAAACUGAAUAUCAAUGGAACAGGAGAAAAACAGAAAGGAAAUGUGGUUCAAAUGGCAGUUAGACAAAAGGAAGUACAAGAGAAAAAAGCUGAUGAUAAAAAUGCAAAAUAUAAAGAAAAGAGCCCAAAAGUUGAAGCAGUUGGACUGGAGAACAUUGAUAAUGAGGAUGAGAAUGAGGAUUGGACAAGCACAGAUGAAGAAUCCAGUGAUGAGAAAAAAGAAGACGUUCAACCUUUAGAGACAAAGUCAAAAGAACAAAACAUUCUGGAUGACUCGGAUGAUUGCUUAACGACACAAGCUGUAGAGAAGGAAAAUGAUAAACAGACAACUUCUGCAGAAGAAGGAGAGAUGAAAUCAAUGGAGCAGUCACCCAUACCAGGACCUGAAGUUGAAGUUAAUAGGGAUGACAUUGAAAGAAGUAAAAAUGAACCUUCUUUGCUAGAAGAGGAGAAAGAUCAAAUAAGGAAAAGCAAGGAUGAUGAAAAUGAGCAGGUUGUUUUGAAAGACCAAGGAUCCAAAUUAAAUGAAAAGGGUCAGAUGGAUACUGAAGUGGAUAAGGAACCAGUCAUUACACAUGAGAAUCAAUCAGAUAAUCCAGAAGAAGAAGAAUCACUUACAUUAAAAGAAGAAGGAAAGCCAACAAGUCUAGAACAGGAGGAAGUGAUUGUAAAUAAUCAAGAGGACCAGGGAACCAAGUUAAAUGGAGAGGGUCAGAUGGAUACUGAAGUGGAUAAGGAACCAGUCAUUACAGAUGUAAAUCAGUCAGCUAAUCCAGAAGAGGAAGAAUCACUUAUAAAAGAAGAAGGAAAGCCAACAAGUCUAGAACAGGAGGAAGUGAUUGUAAAUAAUCAGGAGGACGAGGGAACCAAGUUAAAUGGAGAGGGUCAGAUGGGUAUUGGAGUAGAAAGAGGACCAGUCAUUACAGAUGAAAAGCAGUCAGCUAAUCCAGAAGAAGGAGAAUCACUUAUAAAAGAGGAAGGAAAGCCAACAAGUCUAAAACAGGAUGAAGUGAUUGUAAAUAAUCAAAAUAACUCUUUUCUGACAAAAGAAAGUCAUUCAUCCACAACAGAUCAAGAUAGAUCAACUAACACAGUAGAAAAAGAAGCAGUUGCAGCAGAUCAGGAAAAGUCAGUGAUAACAGAAGAUCUAUCUGCAGAAGAUAAAGGCACACAAACCACUGCUGAAAAAAACGGCUCCUUUGAGGAAAAUGUGGACAAAUCCAUUACUUCAUUGAUGGAACAAAAUUCUACCCAAACAGACCAGGACAGAAAGACGCAAGAUGAGUUUAUCAAUCAGCGUGAAAUAUUAACCAAUAAAAUAGAUGAAGAGUCCUCUACAACAGAACCAAUUAUUGAGAAGAAAGAGAAAAUAGUGGGUGUAAUACUUAAGUGUUGCUCAUUUUGCAACACAGAAGAACCAGCCCCCAAAACAUACAAAAAAUGCCUUAAAUGCAAGCAAGAAGGAAUUAUUAGUGCUAGGUAUUACUGUGGGAAAAAAUGCCAAACAUCAGAUUGGAAAUUACGUCAUAAAGGAGAGCACAAAGAAAACCUACUGGACUGAUUGGAUGUUUUGUAGAUUUUGCUAUACCUGCUACAAGGCCUAUCUCUAAUUUAGAAAUAAUCUGAUCAUGGCGAUUGUUUGCAGUGCAUUUAUGUUUUUAAUUUUUCCAUCAUUUUCAUUUGUUUUAUUAAACUUAAAUGUUUUUAGCAUGUAAUAGUAAUGCCAUUAUAAGGUAAACUUUAUAAAUAUUGACUGUUAUGUUAUGCAGUUUUAUUUACGGUAAAGGAUAUGAAAAUUUUUUAAUACAUCAUUUUAGUUUCGCAUGUGAAUGUCUUUAGGUUAAAAGACAAUUGUGUAGCUUACUCUGAACUCAUUUUAAUAAUAAUUAUUAUAUCGGAAGGACUUGCUAUUACAAUGUACGUAUCUUUGUUAUUAUGUUGAAUUUAUCUAACACUUAUUUGAUAUUUUUCAGAUUGUGUAAAUUUAAGUAAGUUUAUUGGUA